AUGUGCAUACAUACUACAGCAUGGCUGCAAGCUUUCGACGCCCACGCCGUCGCUGUCCAAGGAAAUUUAGUCAUCACAACACUGAACAUGGACUUCGUUCCCGCGUUCCACCAUUUUGAAGAAGAAAACGUACAGGCUCGUGCGGAUGGUCGCUUCGGCGCCAUAGACUGCUUCCAGUGGCCUCAAGCUUACGAUAACGCUUUCCCAUCCCCACACCCACUACAUUGGGCUUGGUUCACUCCCACCCAAGAAGAUUUCAAGCCAAUCCCAGGCACCUCGUUCCCUGUAGGCACACUCGCAUCGGAUAAGGUUGAAGGCUUGGAUUCUCUUUGCAAAUUGGCAGAGAAACGGGUGCAGGAUUGGAGGGCUAAUCGGCAAGGCAAGAAUGACGCUGUAGUCAGUCGCAUUUUGUCCCUUCAACAUGGUGUCUCAUGUUUGAAGAUGCAUCCACUUACAUUCCGCGACCUUCUCAUGUUCGUGACUGAUGCCCAACGGCUGUUUCUCGAGAUCUAUUCAUUCAUGGAGUGGAUCCUCCUUGCUCAGCCUCAUAUGACUGCCGGUGACAGCACUUCUGUCGUCAACUCUGAGUGGAUGGGCGCCUUCACGCACGACAGCAACAUGUGCAACAAGCUGUACAUUGCUGGUAUCCCCAUUUGGUAUGUCCGCACCAUGGCGUACAUACCUUCGAACAUGACGGUAAAACAGCCCGUUUUACUCACCCGUCCCGAUCAAAUCAUCCUUUCCAUGUAUGCAGAGGGCAACAAAGUGCGACCUUACGAAAUCAUCUAUCAUGGCCCAGGUGGCUACAAUCGUCAGCUUCAUGUUCGCCACCUCUAUGGGGGCACGACAUUCAAAGACCCUGAGCCAGGUCCUUCAUCGGGCCCUUCGUCGGGCAGCUCAUCUGCACCCAAUGUUAAAGAUGCUUGGCCCGCGCACCACAUCCAGUCAGCUGAAUCCAUUACGGACAAAUGGAAGGAUCCUGAGAGCCCCUACUUCCCGCCGUCAAAGCUUCAUUGGGAUGACGCCCUCAAAAGAUGCAUCAAGGAUUCAUCUCGUGUCCGCACUCCCUACCUUAUUGACCGAGGAUACAGGUUCCCUGAACCAGGUCUCCUUGUCAGUCCAAAGCUGCCAGAGCGCCUUCAGGGAUACAUCGCCACUUGGCUCGCCUGUCGUCCACUAUGGAUCGGGCGGGUUGAUCACAACCCUCCUCACAAUUACCCAUCCCCUCAACUAUGGCGUGACUUUCUUGUUCUUACUGUGGCGGAGAAGCGCAAGGGAAUGAUGAAGGAUUUGUUCGGAGAUGAUAUGGUGGACUCUCACGGAGAUUUAUUUGCGCCGGAAGGAAUGGUAGAAUUCCGUGGCGAACAGGUCCCUGUCGCCAGUCUCGCCCACCCUCCCCAGCUCCUUGCCCAAAAGAUUACCUGGGAGCUGUUCGAGCUUGGAUUCCGCUAUGAAUUGAGGGAUCUCAAUCGCCACUUGGCCAAGGGACGCUGGGCAGAAGAUCUGGUUGGUCGCGAACAGUUGCUGCAUGCCAUCUUCCCUGGUGAGGCUGGCCUUGUCAUGUGGUCGGAGCCGUUUCCGACGGACAAUUACGGUAUGUGGAAUAACACCUUAAUUGGUGUUCUUCCGUACCUCGAAAGUUUCCGACAACUGCUGUGCUCUUGGGAUGAUGUGCCGCCUCUUCUUACAUCGCCGCUCAUCCAAGAGAACUUUACAGAUACAAAAUGGUGGGAAGUCGCGUGCACUGCGACUGCGUUUUAUGUUCAGACGUUUUUCGAUCACUUCGGUAGGCCUCCCGUUGUUCCUCACUUGCUCCCUCUGUAA